ACUCUUAUCAAACAUGUAAAGUUAGGUACAGAUCUGAGCAUGUACACUGACGUUAUAACAACUUCCUUUUUCAUGGCGAAUCAUCGAUUUUCAACGCCAUGGCACAUUGUGAAGUUUGAUGAAACCUUACAGGUGAACCUGAUGGAACCUGUAAAUCACAAAAAAUGACCAUUAAAUCCAACAUGGCCGACUUCCUGUUGGCUGUAGGGCAUUGUUCCCAGAAGCUUCUUGUAGGUGUGGACAUGAUCCAUCUUCCACAAAGAUUUUGUAGAUUUCGGAGAAACGUGGCUGCUCUGUAGGGGGCGCUAAUGAGCCAUUUUGCCACGCCCAUGCACGAAAACACAGGACAUGGAGAUUUUCAUGGGAUUUAAAUUUUGUCCAAAGUUUGGUGAGUUUUCGUUUAGUGUCUCAUUAGCAGAAAGAAAGAAAAAGAAUUCCUUCAGAUUGAACAGGGUGAAACAUUAAAACAGAACCACAGAAAGUAGAACCUACUGUGUAGUACUACUGUGUACUACAGUUGUGAUGGCAGCACGUAUGUUCGCUCCUAGCAGAGACAAGUAAACCUCUGGCAGGAUGGACUUGGACCCCCACCUGUCCUCCUACCUGGAUCUGGUCAAUCAUUAAUGUUUCCAGUCAGACAGGAAGUGUUCAGGUCCAUGCGGAUUCCACAGACAGAGGUGUGUGGAAGCCAGGUGUGUUUGCUGCUGUGGCGUUAAUGAAAGCAGGUGUUUGUAGCUGACUAACGGGCCGACAGCUGUUACCUGUGUUUGUAGUGAGACAGGUGGAAGGAGAGGCGAGAAUGGGAAGAGGGGCCAACUGUAGCUGGAUCGGGCCUGAGAUCCCUCUGUCAUCACAGAUCUUCAGCGGUGAGUAACGUUCUGUCAGUCCAGCUCUGCCGGGCUGUGGGUUCAGGUCCCAGAAGGAUAAACACCUGAGACCAGGUAACUAAAGGAAUAUGCUGAUAUAGGCUGUGCAGUUUGUUUUGUAGUCUUUGUAUUCAGGUCUGAAAGUGUACAGGAGGCAGACCUUAAUAAAUAAUGAUAGUAAGUAAGUUUAGAAACCUGUCACAGCCUCUUUCUUCUGAAAAAAACAUCAGAAAAUACUGGAAAACAUUUGGAAAGUAAUUACAGAAAUAGUGAUUUACACUGGAGGACAUCUGUAUUAGGACACAUUCAGGACUGUGGAGGAAAAACACCAGGACACUACACCUGCAGUGUUUUAUUACCUUAAACAAGGAGGAGAAAACAACCCCAAAUAUCUUUUUAACAGGAAAUGUUAAACACGAGUUGUAUCAGCUCGAACCCUCCUGAAAUAAUUUGAAACAUUGUAAUGAACCCGGGAGAAGCUGCUGGAGCAAAUGACACACGAAGGAAGUCAUUGUUAAAUCAGUCCAGCUCUUCAGUCCACAGAACAAAACCGAGGCUGACUGGUGAGCCCGCUCUCUGGACACAGCGUUUGUCUAUACAGACCUUUGUUCUUGCAUUCUUACUGGACAUUACUGGAGAACUGCACAUCAAGAAAGGAGCUGUUAAAAUACAAACUAAAAACAACGUAGCAGUACCUCAGCUGAGCCCUUCAAUAAAUACAUCAAAUGCUAGGAGCAGUCUACAGCCUCUGUCUUAUCCACAUUAGACUAAUAACAUACCUUUAUUAGUAUACUGGUCCUAGUAGUUCUACUUUACCAUCAGGCAGCAGUAACAGAAUCAAUUCAGCAGCUACAGCAGGUUCAGAUGUUUUUGUUUCAUUAACCCAGAAACAGAUCUGACUUGUGGUUAGCCUCUAUGCUAAUCAAACUACAAACAGGAAACCAUCAUAUUAACAUCAGGGAUCAACCCUGUGGAGCUGUUAGGGACUGAUGUAACGGAUGAAGCAGCAGAACCAAAAGCACUUUGUUGCACCUGCCUCGAGCCUCUCCCUCCAGCUUUUCAGCACUACCUCUGUGUUCCAGGUUUUAAUUUAUGAUCUUUGAAGCACAAAUAACUGGGUCAGGGUUUGGUCUGAACCAUUUCAUCAUGUUCUGAUGUGGAGUGUCUGAUUGAUGUGUGUCAAAAACUGCAGUUUUUGUUUGUAUUGUUGUACUCUGUGGUUUAUCACCCCAGCUGUGCAGCGGCCCAACGGGAAACUCUUGGUUGUGUGUGUGUUUACAGCCAUUAAAGACGAGCUGUGGCUCUUCCUCAUCCCGGCCGGCCUGGCGCUCAUUUUGCUGGGCGUGUUCCUGGAAGAGGUGGGCUUCCUCCUGCGCCACAGCCCCUCGUCCAGACGCCGGCGCCUCUACCUGUGGAUAUUAGGAAUGUACCCGGUCUUCAUCUUCACCUCACUCAUAGCGCUGUAUGUGCCGCGUUCGUCCUCGCUCUGUAAUUUCAUCGCUUCACUGUAUCACUCCAUCACCCUGCUGAAGUUCAUGGGCCUGAUCACUGACUUCUUUGGAGGGAAAGCUCGUAUGUUGGCUGCCUUGUCUGGACAGCAGGUAUCUCCAGAUCCUUUCCCCUGCUGCUGCUGCUGCUGUCUCCCUCUGGUGGCCAUCAACAGCAGCAGCCGGGGCUGGAUGAUGGCGGCUGUGCUGCAGCUCUCUGUUGUCCGCAGCGUCCUCUUCUUUGUCACCCUGGUUCUGUGGACGGAUGAACAGUACGACUACGGUGAUGUGGAUUCAGUGAACCCUAACCUGUACGUGAAUGCUAUCAUCGGUGUGUCCACCUUCGUGUCCUUCUACGGCCACCUGCUGUUCUACAAAGCCACUAAGAGAGCUCUACCCGGAUAUGGACUGAGGGCCAAGUUCGUCUGCGUCAUCGUGGUGCUGGUGCUGUGUGGCCUGCAGAGCAGCAUCUUAGAGACCAUGGGGGCUCUGGAGGUCAUCCCCUGCACGCCCCCCUUCUCCGUCCUGACCAGGUCCCAGUAUUGCAGAGUGGCCUGUAAGAUGUCCUGGGAUGAGUUGGAGGCCCUGUGUCGCAGAGAGAGGCUCCACUGCAAACAGCUCGGGGUCAACAGGGCCAACGUCAAUGACUAUGAGGUGGAGUUCCUCUGUGACUACAAGAAGACCAAGGUGGAGGAGUUCUACCUGGUGAAGUGGAAGGGCUUCCCAGAGUCAGACAACAGCUGGGAACCCAAGAGGAACCUCAAAUGCCCCAAACUGAUGAAGCAGUUCCACCUGGACCUGGACCAGGAGCUGAGGCGCCACAAGAGACGCGGCACCCCUAAAAAGCUGGAUAAGGAAGUUGCCUUGUUCCUUGUCCAGAAAGCCAAACUCCGUCUGAGUCUGCAGCGCUGGGAGGCACAUUUGAACCAGACCCGCAACCACCCAGGUCGCAUUUUUGUCAUGAACGAAGUGGACUUCGAGGGCCCCCCGAAGAACUUCACCUACAUCAACAACUACAAGGUGGGCCAGGGCAUCGUGCUGGAUGAGAUGGCUGUGGGCUGCGAGUGCAAGAACUGCUUAGAGGAGCCGGUGAAUGGCUGCUGCCCCGGGGCCUCGCUGCACCGCAUGGCCUACACCGACAGGGGGCAGGUCCGCAUCCGGCCGGGGCAGCCCAUAUACGAGUGCAACUCCCAGUGCAGCUGUGGCAGCGACUGCCCCAACAGAGUGGUGCAGAAGGGCAUCCAGUUCGACCUGUGCAUCUUUAAAACGGAGAACGGCCGGGGCUGGGGCGUCCGCACGCUGCAGCACAUCAAGAAGAACACCUUUGUCAUGGAGUACGUGGGAGAGAUCAUUACAACUGAUGAAGCAGAAAGGCGGGGCCACGUGUACGACCGCCAGGGCUCCACCUACCUGUUCGAUCUGGACUACGUGGAGGACGUGUACACGGUGGACGCAGCUCAUCAAGGAAACGUCUCCCACUUCGUCAACCACAGCUGUAACCCCAACUUGCAGGUCUAUAACGUGUUCAUCGACAACAUCGACGAGCGGCUGCCGAGAAUCGCUCUGUUUUCAACGCGGGCCAUUCGGGCAGGAGAGGAGCUCACCUUUGACUACAAGAUGCAAAUUGAUCCGGUCGACACAGAAAGCACCAAAAUGGACUCCAGUUUUAGUCUAGCUGUCCUCCCCGGCUCUCCGAAGAAGAGGGUUCGAGUGGAGUGUCGGUGUGGAUCGGACUCGUGUCGAAAGUACCUGUUCUGAUGGGGGACUGCCAGGAACAGCGUUGUUUGUGUAAACAUGUGGAACAUUGUACAGAUUUGUAUAUGAAUUUUUUAUUUUCUGAAAUUCACGUUUUUAUAUGUGAACAUGACAAAGUCUUCAAGCUGCAGACCACAGACGGGUCAUUUUAAAUCUCUGUGUCCACUAGAAGCUGAGAUUAGGAGCUGUGUGCUGUUUGGGUGCUUGGUGUGUGGGACAGGUAUUGAUCACUGGUACACCAUCAUUGGGUUUUAUCACAGCAUCAGUUUGUCCUUCGCUUCUACCAGAGACCUCAGCAGGUUAACAGAUCUGGGAUCUGAGAGCCCAGACCGCCAACAGGUUCCUCAAACAUCCACUUCCUGCUUCGCCUGCUGGACUCUAGUGUGACGAGCGAAGCGGCAGUACCUGACUCUGUUUUAUAAAUAAUCUGCGUAACCGGACCUCAGGUCAGACCUGUGUACCUGUGAUGGAGGUCAGAGGUCAUUCAGAGUUGGAACACCAACACACAAUGCUCCUCUGCACUUCCAUCUGAUGAAAUGAUUGCAGAGGACUAACGGGCCCUCAGGGUGCCGGUGCUGGGCUCUGGUUCUGGUACUGCAGUUGGUGUUACCCUGCAGACACAUCUGAGUUCACAUGGGUUGUUAAUCUUUCUCUAAAUUGAGAUUUUAUAGUUGAAUGUGUACUUUGUAGUGCUUUUUGUUUCUUUUACCUCUGGUCAUCGUGCUCCUGAUGCUCGGUGGGUUUAACACUGCGGCCUCCUGCUGGCGUCUGCGGCCUCUCUGAACUCAGUGAGCUGAAAUCUGCUCAGUUAUCAGCAGUUCAUCUCACAGAGACCACAGACCUUCCCUCUUCCAGGACCUUCUGCACUCAGCUGAUCACCUGUGACAGCCAGGUGUUUAACAGGAACUCGGAUCACCUCCACCACAGUCUGAAGCAGCUUACUAUGCAAUGACCCUGAACCUGUAGACAAGUUGCAGGGAGGUAGUGACCCUCAGCUGAUCUGUAGCGUCUCAGCAAACUACUCCUCCUUCUGGCUUUCUAACAAAGAAAAGUCAGGACUUGGCAGCGAGACGGUCCCUGUAGUGGUGACUUUAACUUCCUGUGGUGGUCCAACAGCUGGUGGUCCUCAGUGUGUUUAAACUUGUGUAGUGCUUCAGCGUGGAGAACAGACUCUGUGUCAAUAAAUGAUGAACUUGUGAUGUCAUUGUUGUAGUUUUAUUAAAUGUUCAUGUUGUGUGU